UCCUCCUCGACUCCUCGGCGGCUCCUCAUCGGCUCCUCGGCGGCUCCUCGGCGGCUCCUCAGCGGCUCCUCAGCCCCUCAGCAGCCGCCCACAACAUCCUCAGGUCGGAGCUCUUCUCACUGGACCGCGCCUCCGUUUCUUUUCCUGUCCGCGUACAAACCCCCCACCCACCCACCCACCAGGAGGGGAUCUGUCGUCGCGGUGGAACAGCGGCUGCACUCACGGACAUCACGGCACCACCGAGGCUGACGGGGGGCGGAUAACCAGCCUGCUCUGCCCGGCGCCGGGAGCCACCGACCGGCCAGCUGGGAGCCCGGACACCGGAGGGGGCUGGAGACGCUACAGCUAACUGGGAAACGCCGGGGGGAGCAUCCUCACACCCUCCGCCGCCCUGACGCGCAGGUUACCGGGCGUGAAGAUGGACUGAAAGAUGAAGGGUGGAAGGCUCCCAUCGUCCAAAUAAGAGGACUUCUCUCUAAGGGUUUGCUCUGCAGUUUAACUGUGUGACUGAGCUGGGAGUAAGAAGAAGAUGCCUCCCAGGCCGUCCUCAGGGGAGCUAUGGGGCAUCCACUUGAUGCCUCCAAGGAUCCUGGUGGACUGUCUGCUGCCCAACGGGAUGAUCUUGACUCUGGAGUGUCUCCGCGAGGCCACGCUCAUCACCAUCAAACAUGAGCUGUUCAAGGAAGCCAGGAAAUAUCCCCUCCACCACCUCCUGCAGGAGGAGACAUCCUACAUCUUUGUCAGUGUUACACAGGAAGCGGAGCGGGAGGAGUUCUAUGAUGAGACUCGGAGGUUGUGCGACCUCCGACUCUUCCAGCCCUUCCUCAAGGUCAUUGAACCAGUUGGCAACAGAGAGGAAAAGAUCCUCAACAGAGAGAUCGGUUUUGCCAUCGGUAUGCCUGUGUGCGAGUUUGACCUUGUGAAAGACCCUGAGGUUCAGGACUUCAGGAGAAACAUCCUGAAUGUUUGUAAAGACUCCGUGGAGCUCAGAGACGCCAGUGGGCCUCACAGUAGAGCGCUGUACGUUUACCCACCCAACAUAGAAUCCACACAGGAACUUCCCAAGCACAUCCAUAGCAAACUGGACAAAGGUCAGAUCAUUGUUGUGAUCUGGGUGAUUGUUUCGCCGAACAAUGACAAACAAAAGUACACACUGAAGAUCAACCACGACUGCGUGCCUGAACAGGUGAUUGCAGAGGCUAUUCGUAAGAAGACCCGCAGCAUGCUGCUGUCGCCGGAGCAGUUAAAGAUGUGUGUUCAGGAAUACCAGGGUAAAUACAUCCUCAAGGUUUGUGGCUGUGAUGAGUACCUACUGGAGAAGUACCCCAUCAGUCAGUAUAAGUAUAUCCGUAGUUGCAUCAUGCUGGGCAGGUUGCCUAACCUGAUGCUCAUGGCAAAGGACAGCCUUUACAGCCAGUUGCCAACGGACAACUUCGUCAUGCCGUCAUACUCUCGACGCAUCUCCACGGCAACCUCCUAUAUGAACGGCGAGGCAGCUGCCAAGUCGCUGUGGACCAUCAACGGAACGCUGAGAAUACGAAUCCUCUGUGCCACAUAUGUCAAUGUCAAUAUCCGGGACAUAGACAAGAUUUAUGUCAGGACAGGCAUUUACCAUGGAGGUGAACAGAUGUGUGACAACGUGAACACACAGAGAGUACCCUGCUCCAACCCCAGGUGGAACGAGUGGCUCACAUAUGAUAUGUACAUCCCAGACAUCCCCCGCGCUGCCAGACUCUGCCUCUCCAUCUGCUCCGUCAAGGGCCGAAAGGGAGCGAAGGAGGAGCAUUGUCCAUUAGCGUGGGGAAAUGUCAACUUGUUUGACUACACUCAUACUCUGGUGGCCAACAAAAUGGCUCUGAACCUCUGGCCUGUCCCUCAUGGCCUUGAAGACCUCCUCAACCCCAUCGGAGUCACUGGAUCUAACCCCAAUAAGGAAACGCCAUGUUUAGAGCUGGAGUUUGACCACUUCAGCAGUCCAGUCAAAUACCCAGAUAUGAACGCAGUAGAGGAUCACGCAAACUGGACCAUCUCCAGGGAGCUGGGAUUUAACUACAACCUCUCUGGACAGAAUAAUCGUGUGGCCAGGGAUCACGCCCUGACAGACAGUGACACGGAGCAGCUGAGGCAGCUGAGCAACAGAGACCCUCUGUCAGAAAUCACUGAGCAGGAGAAAGACUUCCUCUGGAGACACAGGCACUACUGCAUGAACAUCCCUGAGAUCCUUCCCAAGAUCCUUCUCGCUGUCAAAUGGAACUCCAGAGAUGAAGUAGCACAGAUGUACUGUCUGUUAAAGGAGUGGCCAUCCAUCCGUCCUGAACAGACCAUGGAGCUGCUGGACUGCAACUAUCCAGACCCCAUGGUCCGACACUUUGCUGUACGCUGCCUUGACAAAUACCUGACCGAUGACAAACUGUCUCAGUACUUGAUCCAGCUUGUACAGGUAUUAAAAUAUGAGCAAUACCUCGAAAAUCCUCUGGCCCGCUUCCUCCUCAAAAAGGCCCUGACCAAUCAAAGGAUUGGACAUUUCUUCUUCUGGCAUCUCAAGUCGGAAAUGCACAAUAAAACAGUGAGCCAGCGGUUCGGGCUGCUGUUAGAGGCUUACUGCCGGGCCUGUGGCAUGUACCUCAAACACCUGAGCAGGCAGGUAGAGGCCAUGGAGAAGCUUAUAAACCUCACCGACAUCCUUAAACAGGAGAAGAAGGAUGAGACGCAGAAGGUCCAGAUGCGGUUUCUUGUGGACCAGAUGAAGAGGCCGGACUACAUGGACGCGCUCCAGAACUACACCUCUCCUCUAAACCCUGCGCACCAACUGGGAAACCUGAGGUUAGAUGAAUGCAGGAUAAUGUCAUCAGCAAAGAGGCCAUUGUGGCUGAACUGGGAGAAUCCUGACAUCAUGUCCGAGCUCCUCUUUCAGAACAAUGAGAUCAUCUUCAAAAAUGGAGAUGACUUGCGACAGGACAUGCUGACGUUGCAGAUUAUUAAAAUCAUGGAGAACAUUUGGCAGAAUCAGGGACUGGACCUACGGAUGCUCCCCUAUGGCUGUCUGUCACUGGGAGACUGCGUGGGUCUCAUCGAGGUGGUGCGGAGCUCCCACACCAUCAUGCAGAUUCAGUGUAAAGGAGGCUUGAAGGGAGCCCUGCAGUUCAACUCCAACACUCUGCAUCAGUGGCUCAAGGACAAGAACAAGGGCGAAAUGUAUGACUUGGCUGUGGAUCUGUUUACAAGAUCCUGUGCUGGCUACUGCGUAGCUACAUUUAUCCUUGGGAUAGGAGACAGGCACAAUAGCAACAUUAUGGUCAAAGAUGAUGGACAGCUGUUUCAUAUAGAUUUUGGUCAUUUCCUGGAUCACAAGAAGAAGAAAUUUGGCUACAAGAGAGAGCGAGUGCCCUUCGUUCUGACUCAGGACUUUCUCAUCGUCAUCACCAAGGGAUCCCAGGAGUGCACAAAGACCAAAGAGUUUGAGAGGUUCCAGGAGAUGUGUUAUAAAGCCUACCUGGCCAUCCGGCAGCACGCUAACCUCUUCAUCAACCUGUUCUCCAUGAUGCUGGGCUCCGGAAUGCCUGAGCUGCAGUCAUUUGACGACAUCGCCUACAUCAGAAAGACUCUGGCUCUGGAGAAGAGUGAGCAGGAGGCCUUGGACUACUUUAUGAAACAGAUGAAUGAUGCUCACCAUGGAGGGUGGACCACUAAGAUGGACUGGAUAUUCCACACAAUUAGACAGCAUGCACUAAACUGAUCUCCUCCGCGUCAAUCCCACAAUGGAGAAUUAACGUCUGUCGGCCAGACACAGCGUUAGUCCUUCAUGGAGCUUCAGUUCUGUUCCAGCGCACAUCACCAACAGCUCACUGACGAGGAAAGUUCCAUUUGGGUUCAUAUUAUUACAGGGUUUCUUUCUUGGCAUAAUCAUGUGAUGAUGCUCUCCCUGGAAGCGAGUUUCCUUCCUGUCCUGGUGAAGAUAUGGCCGUCCUGGCUGAUGCUUGUGUCCAUGGCUACUAUGCUUCCUUUGUUUUCUUGCCCAACAUGAUCAGACUUGGGUUCUAAGGAAAUGUUACCUCUUACUCAGCUUCUUCUGGAGAAAACACAAAUUGGACAAAAAGGCAUAAAGACGACGUUUGUGCUGAAUUCUAAAUGUAGCCACUUGCUGCACUUUUGACGCUGCACUGUGGCUCCACCGUAGACAGGAGGUGCUUCGGAAACCCUUUUUAAUCGUAUCACUGCUGAGGAGGCAGUGGGCACAAGGAACUGUCUAAAUGAUCUGACACGUGCAGGAUUACACGUGCAAGACUACCACUGUACAGUCUUCCACCAUCCCUGCGGUGAAGUCGCCCCCUCUGAGGAAUCUUCAGAGCUCAGAAACUGCCCUGCAGCAGAGUGCGUGUGUCGUGCACAGCUCUGCAGUCUCCCAUCAAAGAAGCAGCACUCUACUCAUGGGAAAAAUCGCUUUUAAACUCCUGCAUAGACUUCAGGGUGAUGAUGCCUCUCCAUCAAAAAAAACAGCACUUAGAACUACCAGAAUAAUAUACAGAUUUAUUAUGACCUUUUUACAUUUAUUUAUGUAUCUAGUUUCUUUCAGUUUCUACACAGGAAAAUCCCAGAAUCCACUCUCCAGAAACACUUCAUUGUUUGUGUAAAUGUAUUAGGAGUUUUCUUUUUAUUUCCGUUUACCUGUUUACAGCUUCCUCUGGCUACUGCAACUGCAACGGCUUCCCCCCGUUUUCUCAACUCAUUCGUAAAAGAAAGACUUCUAAUCUUCUCUUUUUGGUUCGGUCACUUUCAAGUUCAUCUCACUUUGACUGUGUCAGAAGCCCAAUUUGUGUCAUUGUGGCUCGUUUGCAGCCCCGUUAUGAAAUCUAAACAUUGAUUUGUAUUGGAAUGCGAAAUGAGAAGAGCGAAAGUGCCACUCUCCCAUUUUUUGGGAUAAUGGGACUUGUUUUUUACGCCUCUGGCUGUUUGAAUGUCAGCGAGCAGGGGCCCAGGGUCACGUCUUCCUGUUGAUAAAAUGCCUUGGCGUCACAGCACAACAUUCUACGACACUGCACAUCGUUAAUCUCCUACAAACUCUGCCUGAGCAAGUUGUAGUCAGCAAACAGCAGCAGCACUAUUAACAUGAAGCAUGGCAGUUUUUAGGAAAUGCUAGAUUUGACCUUCAGUGGGGUUUUCUUUGUACUGAGUUUCUAACUGUGUCAGGUUGAUGAUCUUCAUCAAGUCCCCCAUUAGAAUUUCUUUGAAAUGUUGACUCAUGGACAAAGUGCAUUUGAACUUGUCAAUGGACAACGUUCCUCUGAGCCUGAGACCCUGGUUGUAUUUGAGCCCCGCCUCCUCUCGACAGAUACUGUGAAAGCCAUGCUCUUUUUAUAUAUUUGUUUCAAACAGAAACAUUUGAUCAUGUGGGUUUUUGAAAGUGUUAAAGUCACAGUGAAACUGUCGUUAGAGCGUCUGUCAAGUGAAGCAGCAUGUGGGGAAAAGGUUUUGAAUGAAUCUGAAGAGCGACACAGGACUGUUGAUCUCCCCCACCCCCCUCCUCCCUCAAUGAAUUUGGUUCCAGCUACAUUCUGGUAAUGUAAACAAAGUCCUGCCAACUGAAGAUCCAUAAACACAUGGAGGCAGAGUUGAGCAGAGUUAACUCACAUUUCAUUAAAUGAAUGUGUGUACAUGCCCCUGGCUUUAUAUCACAAUGUUUUACAGGAAGACAACUGAGAAAGUCCUUAAAUGUAGAAAUAAGAGAUAACACAAUUAACACAGAGGCAGGACCACAGCUUGGAAAAUGAAUUUUUAUUUCCCUGUUUUAAAAGCAGACUGUAGCUGGCUGCUCUCUGGAGAUGAUUUGAGAUGAUUUAAAAAAGGUGCACAGACAGUUUCUGUGUUGAGAACCUGUUGAAAGCUGUGUGGUUUCCUAAGGAGGGAGAGAAGAUUCCCGAGCGCAGCCUCACAAGCCCCUGAUGCCCUCAGCUUGUAUCUAGGACACGUGGGUGUGUGUGCAUGGCUAAAUCAACCCUAUAUUAUGAAGCUCUUGUCAGUGGAAAGGAAAGUCUGCACUUUGCCAGUUCAACUGUUGAUUGUAUUGAAAAGCCAAAGUCGUGGUCUGUUCUGAUGUGUGGGUGUGUGUGUGUGUGUGUGUGUGUGUGAUGUCGUACUAUUGCAGAUUUAAUGGCUAGAAUGUAUUUAACCACUAACAUAGACCUGACGUGCACUUCUAUGGUUUCUCAUCGGCCACGUUCUCUUCCUAAAGUCAGAUGCAGUGCCACUGAGCGUAGUCUGUUGUUGCUACUCCGUUUAUUUGCCAUUUUUACUCUAACGUGCCAAACCAGGUCUGAGAACGUGAGGCCUGUGGAAGUCAAUGCUGGACUUGCAUCAUUGCAGUAAAGUCAUAUCAGUUAGAUACUUUUUUUUAAGAAAUGGGAGGUUGGUGUAUGCACUUAAAAAAAUGUUCUCAAUGCCUUUUUGUUUUGAAGGACUCUGUGAGAGUGACGGUAGCCUAGUGUGCAUGUUUCCAAGCAGCAUAACCAUCAUGUAGGAUGUACAUUCAGACGUAUGUAUGUGCAGUUACAGUCUAUGGGAGGCUUCAUGUGUGACAAACCCUCGAGUGUUUAUAGAGAUGGACGACGCAGCUCCACUUCCUCCCACUGUCCAGAAAUGUCCCCAAUGUGAACGCUGCCAUCAGACCCUGGGAAGUAGCUGUUGGUGGAUGGAGCUGCGGCAGUGAGGUUCCCCCCCGAAACACGAGCUCAACCAAUCGUGAGUCAGUCCAUGUCAAUCAGGAUGUUUCACUCUGUUUUACAGCAUCAAAAAAAACAACUUAACUCCAAACGUAACAAGCAAAACAUCAAAGUGAUACGAGCUACAUGAAAUGACAGACACCAUCUUAAAAACAAUAUUAAUUUGAUGUGUAUUUUGACUUGUUGUCAACAUCUGCUCGCAUGGAAGAGGUGGGAUGUAUGAGCUGUACUGCAGCCAGCCACCAGGAGGCGGUCAAGACAAUUUGGCUUUAUUUUUGUGGAGCUGUCAUGUCGUCCAUCUUUAUGAACGGUCUAUGUGACAAACCUGUGGUGUUGUUAUCUUUAUUCUCUUUUGCCAUAUAUCCUCUAAUUUGUUAGGAUGAGUGUGUGUGUGUGUGUGUGUGUGUGUGCAUCAAUUAUCCGUCUGUACAGGUUGCAGAGCUUCACUGGCAGGUCCCAGUGAAAACGUGUGUGUGUGUCUGUGUGUGUGUGUGUGAUGACACUUAACUGUUGCAGUGAUGGUAUCUCUAAAUGUUUUUAUUUCUGUGCCACAAAAGAAAAACAAGUUUUAUUUUUUUUUCUGCAGAAAAGCUUCAGGAACAAACACAAAAGAAGGGAAACGUUUUUUUGUUUUGUAAAUGUUUUACUUGAAAUGUCAUGAAUCAGAUCCGCAGCUGUGUUGGUUUAGAGUUCAGGUGCGGGGGUGCGGUAUCAUACUCUGUGUGAGUGUGUGUCGUGUGCUGUACGUGAGAAGCAAAGGUUGCAGUGUUUGUGUACAGGUUGUUUGUUUGAUGCUGGUCGUGAGUGUCAUUGGUGCCACAGUCCUGACAUUCAGGAGUCAAAUAGCAGCUUCUUCUUGAACUGGUGAAGGACUGAGGUGGAAGUAGGAGCCGUGAUGAAGCAUCUGAUCUUAGAUUUUCAGUUUCAUAAUCAUGUGAAUGAGCUCCGGCACUGAAGCGAUGUGGCACAACCUUUCACAGUUUGUUUGUUUGAUGGAAAGUUCUCCUGGUCUCAGACCUGGAGCUGAAUUGGUGCAGGGUUUCUUCAGACUAGAUUUAACUUUGAUGCUCCAACAAUGAAAACACUGGUCAUAUUAACAAACCUGCUCAAUUGUCACAGGGUCACUUUAACAGCAGUCUGCAGCAGUGUGAGCUUCACACAGUGAUGCUCAUUGACAGACUAUUAACAGAGAGAGGAGGACAACACUCGCUUUGUCUCUGCGAGUACAAUCACAUCGUCUGACCUUCCAUUGAUCGACAUGAUGAUAUGAUUGAAAAAGAAACAUUGGACACAUUAACACAAACACACAGAGAGAAAAGUGCAAUUUGAUGUAAUAUCCAAUCUGGAAAUAUUACCUCUGUUGUUUUGAAUGACUGUCAGACGAGUCUUUAUUCCUGGAUGUUUCUGUUUCUGAUGAAUUUGUGUUCACGUUAUUUUGUAUGAAUAUGUGCCCUGAUAUUUAGUGAAUACGACUGUUUUUACUGUGGAAGCGUUUCAGAAAGUUAUCAAAACUAACAGUUACUUAUUGUGUUCUUAUCCAGCCUUGAAUGGGCUUUAAACUGAUUUAACCUUGAGGGUUUAAAAACUCCUGCAACAAAAAAAAACUACCUAAGAACCAAUACGAUAAAUCCUCCAAAUUACUGAAGAUUCUUUAUCUCGAUCGUCCCACAUUCUCACGUUAAACGAGGAACAUUGACUGAAUGUUCGGUGGCUUCAUGUUCAUCUCUGUCUGCAGUACUAUAAACUAACAAAGUGUAUUUCCAUACCACGCUGUCAGAACCUUAACCUAUACUAUGAAUGAAUGUAACGGGCCAAUGUAUUGUUUUUCACUGCCUAUACCUGCAUGAGAUUGGGUAAAGAUGAAUAUUCUUCCUCUUGCUAUACUUGUUUUUUUAAUUUAGUCUGCUAUGCAGCCAUACAGAUGUUUAUGAAUUAAUGCCUUAAGUUUGCUCCCUGUAGGAACAGUUUCUAGGACAAAUUCAUUCUCACGAUAACCUGCGUUUUUUUUAUUUAUACGUGUAUAUGAUUGUGUUUCAGUUCGGCUCCCUGGUCACAGAGUAAAGGUUUGUACCCUGACUGACUGACUGGCUGGCUGCUCAUCUGAUUGUUCUGUGAAGAUGUACAAAUAAAUUUGUUAAACAUUCA